CCGCGGGCCCGAGCACGCACCCGCAGAGAGAGUCCAAACGGAGCGGCUAUCGGGAGCGCGCACGCAACACGCACGCAGGGAGACAGAGAGAGAGAUUCUGAGGGGGGUUGAUUUCCAAAUUCAACAACACCGCCAAGACGGAUUUCCUGUGGGAUAAACGCACCGGGCUCGCUGCAAAAACGGAGCAUGUGGUUUGAAAGGAGACCCCCGGGAGACCUAGUUUGAGGUUUGCUGUAUCAAACCCCCAAGUCUCCCUGCCUGGUGUGCCGCGCAGCGCCCUGAAACCUACAGUCUCCUGAAACCAGGCUUCGUGUUCCCUCAGCUUCAGAGAUGCCUCUCCCGAGACGGCUCCGCUCUUCGGAGCGGGGGAGCCGGGACAGCUACCACGACCGGUACCGGAGCCGCAAGCACCGGCGGAGACGCAGCCGGUCCCGGUCCAGCAGCAGCGAGAGGGAACGGAGAGGACACAGGCAUGAGGACAGCUUCCACCUGCGCUCCAGGAGCUACGAUGACCCGUGUGUGGCGCGGCGGGCGUACACCCGGCGAUACUGCGGCAGCUACCGGCGCCAGGACUACAGCCGGGACCGGGCGGGCCGAGGAGGCGGAGGCGAUUACGAGGAGGAGUUCCCUUCACAGCGCCAGGAGCCCUACCACAGCCAGCGCGCCGCCAGCAGGUGUAAGCACAAACACAGGAGGCAUAGAACCAGGUCUUAUAGUGCGUCCUCAUCGAGGAGUGGACACAGCAGUGGCCCAGGCAGGACACGGGCGCAGAGCGUGAGGGAUGACGAGGAAGGGCACCUGGUCUAUCGUUCCGGCGACUGCCUUCAACAAAGAUAUGAGAUUGUUAGCACUCUAGGUGAAGGCACUUUUGGGCGGGUGGUGCAGUGCAUCGACCAUCGAAGGGGCGGAGCGCGAGUGGCUCUCAAAAUAAUCAAGAACGUGGAGAAGUACAAAGAGGCGGCGCGACUGGAGAUCAACGUGCUGGAAAAAAUCAACGCGAAAGACCCAGACAACAAACAUCUGUGUAUUCAGAUGUUUGACUGGUUUGACUAUCACGGGCACAUGUGCCUCUCCUUUGAGCUGCUGGCUCUCAGCACCUUCGAUUUCCUCAAGGAGAACAACUACCUGCCCUACCCCCUGCACCAGGUCCGCCACAUGGGCUACCAGCUGUGCCUGGCCGUCAAGUUUCUCCAUGACAACAAGCUGACGCACACAGACUUGAAACCAGAGAAUAUUCUCUUUGUGAACUCCGACUACACCAUCACCUACAACGUGGAAAAGAAGCGCGAUGAGCGGACAGUGAAGAACACCGCGGUGAGGGUCGUGGAUUUCGGCAGCGCCACGUUUGACCACGAGCACCACAGCACCAUCGUCUCCACCAGGCAUUACAGGGCCCCCGAGGUCAUUCUAGAGCUGGGCUGGACCCAGCCGUGUGACGUGUGGAGCAUCGGCAGCAUCGUGUUCGAGUAUUACCUGGGCAUCACGCUGUUCCAGACUCAUGAUAACAGAGAACACCUGGCCAUGAUGGAGAGGAUUCUGGGACCGAUCCCGUCCAGAAUGAUCCGCAAGACCAGGCAACAGAAGUAUUUCUACCACGGCCGGCUGGACUGGGAUGAGAACUCCUCCGCGGGGAGAUACGUCCGAGAGAACUGCAAACCACUGCGGAGGUACAUGCUGUCAGAGGCGGAGGAUCACCACCUCCUGUUUGAUCUGAUUGAAAGCAUGCUGGAGUUCGAGCCCUCCAAGCGCCUGUCCCUCGCAGACUCCCUGAAGCACCCCUUCUUCAGCCCGCUGCGUGGCCCCGGGGCCCCCGAGCCAGCCGGAGCCAAGAACUGGGAGGGGGGCCGGGACAUCAGCCGAUGACCAGGACCCUGGGAGGGUGGUGGAGAUGCCGGCCGGUGACCAGGAGGCAUGGACUCUGAAACCCCCUGCUAGCCACCUCACCACCCAGGGCUAGCCAGACUACGAAACCCCCUGCCAGCCACCUCACCACCCAGGGCUAGCCAGACCAUGAAGCCCCCUGCCAGCCACCUCACCACCCAGGGCUAGCCAGACUACGAAACCCCCUGCCAGCCACCUCACCACCCAGGGCUAGCCAGACCACGAGGCCCCCUGCCAGCCACCUCACCACCCAGGGCUAGCCAGACCACGGGUGGCCAGUGGCUCCACUGCUUUGAUUGGCUCAGUGGGAGUUGUGGGUGGAGCAGCGGGUUUAGCAGAGAGUGAUAAAAGACUCGAUCACCUGAACUUCCUUAUUUCACGUGCAGUAUUAGUUUGGGGGUGCAGCGGGGAGCAGCGAGACCCUGCCUGUGUGUGUGUGUGUGAGAGAGAGAUUCGGCUGCAAUGCGAGGGCGCCACAAAGACUUGAGUUUUAACAAUCAUGAAAUCUGGAAAUUCUCGCAGUGAAGCACAGAACACACGGACGUUGAACUCUUGUGAAUAAUCAUAAAACCUGGAGCCAGCCAGAGAGCGCAGUGUAGUACAAGAGAACUUUAUUAUUAUUUAUUAUUAUUUUCUUCUUGUUUUCAGUGUGCCGUCUCUCUCUCAGUCUUCACAGCGUGUCUGUUUUAUAAAUCCUCUCUCUCUCUCUCUCUCUCUCUCUCUCGCAGUGUUGAUCCAGCUCUGUGUUUUGAUCAGAACAAGUACAGAGAGCACCAAAACGUUGACAUCACCUGGGGUUUUAGGACGGAGACAUGAUUAGAAAAAACAAAAACAUGUGAACAUAAUUUAGAUAUUUUAUUUUAACAUCGUGAUAUCAAAAGAAACUACAAAAUGAUAUCGCAAAAAAUAAAUAUAAAGUCUGCCGGAAGGAAGCCAUCACAGCCGUACAGUAUUUCUUGUUAGAUUACGAAAUGUCACAUUUAUCAGUUUUUCGUUGUUAAGUAUAUCUGGAAAACUAUACAAAGCGUUGGGGGUGUAAUUCAGUAUGUUGAGGGAACGUUAUUCUGCAGCGUUCAUUGGACUUUAGGAAGCAGAAUCACUUCAUUCUAGAGGGAGAUGCUAAACCUUUGGCCUCACAGUCAACCGCAGCACACACAGUCCCAGCCACCCAACGAGCCAAUCAAAGCCUUGGAAAACUGUGUAGAGGGGUGGGAGGAGUCGGGAACAGCUCAUUGCUGCUGUUACUUUGCCGUCCACCCUCCCUGCUCUCCCUGUGUGUCCAUGUCUUAUCUGUUCCUUCCAUCUUUCCUCCUCCUGUCCCUCAGAUUCUGAAGAGAGGGGCGAGGACAGGCUGCUGGGGAGGGCAGGAGGGUAUAUAUAUAUAUAUAUAUAUAUAUGGAAAAGCAACAAUUUAAAAUACUUGUAUAUAUUGUAUAUAUGAAACGAUAUCAAGUACAAUUCAAGUUGGUCUUUUUUGUUUGUUGCUACGACUGUGUUUAUUGCCGAUGUUGAAGAUUAAUGAUUAAUUCUUUUGGGGGCGGGGCGGAGCGGGGGAGACAUUGUGGUUAAAAAUAAGAUAUAUAUUUUAUAUAAAAAAAAAAACAAAAACACAAAAAAUGACAUGCAAGCCGGCAAUAUUGAACCCCCCCAACCCCCCCCCCCCCCAAAACAGUCUUCUCUACGGCAUGGUGCUCCGAGGGGGGGGGGGGCGCAGGGAGUUCAGGGGAAUUUAAAUGAGGAUGAUUAUUUUUUGUUGUAGGAUGUUUUGCUGGUGCUUUUGAUAAACCGUUUAAUUUAGACUCCUGUCCCGUCAACAGCCUCGUGUGGGCGCCCUCUUGUGCUGCUGUGAGGAAGCCCAAGAGAAACUAGACCAGCUCGCACACAGACUGAACAAUCCUGUGUGGGGGGGGGGGGGGGGGGAUUCUUAUUGUAAAUAACAAGCCUUGUAAAUGUUGUCUGGGUUUGGUUGAUAUCCAUGUAUUAUUAUUAUUAUUAUUAUUAUUAUUAUUAUUUUAACGGUUUAAUGAGCGGACUCUGAAUACUGACUCGUGCAAAACUAUCCAGCUGGCCUUCCUGCUGCCUCCACCCUGCUCCUCAGCGGCGGGCAGAUCUCAUGAUUUAUUUAUUGUUUUGUCAUGCUGUUCUGUCGGAGGGCUGGGGCACGGACACGUGUGUGUGUUUGUAUGUUUGCGUGUGUGAAUGCGUGGGCGGAGUCGUCUCAUUCUGUCGGAUGUUGGGUUUCAUUGUUCAGUGUUUUAUAAUAAAGAAACUUUAUAUUGA